UCCUGCGGUUUACAUUUUAUCCAAUCGUUGUGAAAACAAACCUUUUUUUUACCCCGCAUAAAUACACCACCCCCCGGAGCGGUCCCAUAAAUAAAACACCUUUUUUUUUCUUAACACACAUAUGCUCAAGUUUACACGUCGUACAUACACCAGCUUAAACCGAGCAGGACCUUUACCACUUGGCAACAAGGCACAACAAAAGGAAAUGUUGGACUUAAUUCGCAAGAAGCAAGCUACUACUGCCGGCGACACUUCCUUACAUCAAGAUGCUCCUAAAAAAGUCGAGCCUGAAUUCAAAGGCGAUGUCAAUCCCAAGACGGGAGAGAUUAACGGACCCAAGAAUGAACCUGUCAAACACAACGAUUGGAGUUUUGGUGGAAGAGUGACGGAUUUUUAAUGAAGGGUAUUGAGGGGG